UCUAACUUGUAACUGAAGUUUAAACCUUUUUCACUUCUCAACAGAACUUACCAUACAUAUAUAGCACAAAAGUGAAGAAGCUACUUUUCAAUUUUAAAUUUUAAAUUUUUUUUUUCAUCAUGAGUACAAAAUCUGAUUCAGGCAAUAUGUUGAAUAAUUCUGAUGCAAUUGUGAUCUCUGGGAAGAUCAUGGUUGCAGUAGUGGUAUUGCUGUCAUUUGUGUUUGUUUUUGUCUUAAUGCUCCAUCUCUAUUCCAAGUUUUCAAUGUGGCGUGUUCAGCAAGAAACCUCCAUUCCUUCACCACAAAUCCGCCGUGGUCGCCGCCACCGGCGCCGUCGCCACCUUGUAUUCGCCUCGGCCGAAGACGCUAUCCUCCAUGGAAUUCAAAAUGUUGGGCUUGACCCUUCAGUUCUUAAGUCCAUACCUGUGUUGGUGUUCCAACCCCAUGAAUUCAAAGAGGAUUUAGAAUGUGCUGUUUGCAUAUCUGAGCUUGUUGAAGGUGAAAAGUUUAGAGCUUUGCCACAUUGCAAUCAUGGGUUCCAUGUUGAUUGCAUUGACAUGUGGUUCCAAUCACAUUCUACUUGUCCCCUUUGUAGGACACUAGUUACUGAAAAACUCUCUAAGCUAAAUAAUAGCACUCCAAGUGUUCGAGAGAAUGUCACAGAGAACAGUGAGUCAUCAUCAGAAGCUGAAAACUCUGCUGAUGUGAAUACCAAUGAUGAGUCUUCAAAUUUUCCCACACAUGUGUUGGUUUGGGGUGAUCAAACACAAUUUUCACACACUACUGAGGAUCCACAUUGCUCAUCAUCAUCUGGUUCAUGUUCUUCAAGCAGUGAGAGUGGAAGUGAUAGUAGCACUAGUAGCAGCAGCAAUGGAAGAAACAAUAAUGGAGUGUUGGUAAUUGAUAUACCAAAUGAUGAGGUCACUCCUGAAGAUGAUGAUGAGAUGAAAUCAUCAUCACCAAUGGUAGCAAGAUUGAGGUCAAUCAAGAGGCUUCUAAGUAGGGACAAAAAGUCAACUAGUCCUUGUAUUCCCAAUUCUUUUGAUGUGGAACAAGCAUAGAAUUAGGAGUUUGUUGAUGUUAUUCAUAUCAAUUAUUAUUUAUUUCAGUACAUAUUCUGAUACUUCUCAAUUGAAACUGUUGUA